AGUGAGCUAGUUAGGUGUUAAUUUGAUUGCAAUAUCAAGGCACAGUGUGAGUAGUGAGAAGGGGCAUUAGUAAAGAGGAUGGGUAGACGACCCUGCUGCCCCAAAGAGAUCAACAAAGGUGCUUGGUCUCGAGAGGAAGAUGAAACCCUCUCCAAAUAUGUUUCCAUCCAUGGAGAAGGAAAAUGGCAGAAGGUUGCCCAAAAUGCAGGUUUAAAGAGAUGCGGAAAAAGUUGCAGACAAAGAUGGUUGAAUUAUCUCAAGCCCGGCAUAAAAAGAGGCCACAUCUCUGUUGAUGAAGAGGAUAUGAUUAUAAGACUUCAUCGUCUUCUUGGUAACAGAUGGGCAUUGAUUGCAAAGAGGCUACCUGGACGAACAGACAAUGAAAUCAAGAACUACUGGAACACUAAUCUGUCAAGGAAGUUACAGAAACAUCCUACAUCAUCAGUUUCUUCACUUCAACACAAACGUCAUGAAAAGGAAAAGACCAAACAAAUGCAUGUAGCACCCGAAGCUCCACGGCGUAGGAGGGUUAAUGCAGUUGAAUACAGUAAAAAUUUGGAGAAUGGUGGGUGUGGAAAUAGGCCUAGUACAACUCCCAGUCCCUCAAAUAUAGAAGAGGGUAGUAGUGAAGAAGCUUCUUUUAGUGAUUUUCUCAUGGAUAUUGAUCAAAUUGAUGAUUCAAACUCAAAGGUCCCACAAAAGGAAGAGGAUCACCACCACAACAAGGUAGAGUUAAUAACCAACAACAGUCCUAGCUCUUCAUCACUUUCUGAUCAUUGUCACCAUCUCUUGCCAGAGAAAUUUGACCCUUUUGAGACCUUUCUGGAUGUGGAGCUUCAGAGGAUGGCUUCCUUUCUUGGAGUUGAAAAUGAUUGAUCAAGAGAUUUUAUUUAUUGCAUGCAGUGAAAAAGGUCAAGUACACUUGGGGAGUGUUAUAGAUAAUAUGCCAUCUAUAUAUGGAAUGCCUAAUUAACUAAGCAUCUAGCUCUAGCUAGAUGUAAUAUACAAAUCCAGGGUUUCUUAACCUUUUUUUUCUUUUCUAUUUCUUUUUCCCUCUCCACUUGGGUUGUGAACUCACGUACGUACGAACCCUUAUGUUCCUCCAAAAUCAAUAACACUAUUCCAACCACAUAGUACAAUCUAGUGUUUGAAAAUGUUGGAUUCUUUACAACAA